AGCCAGGAAAUAAAUUUUUUUUGCUCGUUUCACCCUAUAUAUUUAUCAUGAUUUAAAUAGAUUUUUUUAUUCUGAUUACAACAAGCCCAAACACUAUAUGGUUAUCUUCUACCGUUGCUGAGAUAUACACGUUUAAAGAUUUCAAUAUACAGGGUGUGUAAACAAAUAAAAAUUUUUAGAUGCAAAUAUCUCGAGAACGGUUCAAAAUAACUAUAUAGUGUUUUAUAUUUUUAUAAUCAGCAUGAAAUUCCCUGUCAAUCUACAAGCUCAGCCAGGAAAAAAUUUUUUUUGCUCGUGACACCCUAUAUAUUUAUCAUGAUUUAAAUAGAUUUUUUUAUUCUGAUUACAACAAGCCCAAACACUAUAUAGUUAUCUUCUACCGUUGCUGAGAUAUACACGUUUAAAGAAUUCAAUAUACAGGGUGUGUAAACAACUAAAAAUCUUUAGAUGCAAAUAUCUCGAGAACGGUUCACAAUUACUAUAUAGUGUUUUAUAUUUUUAUAAUCAGCAUGAAAUUCCCUGUCAAUCUACAAGUUCAGCCAGGAAAUAAUUUUUUUUUGCUCGUGACACCCUAUAUAUUUAUCAUGAUUUAAAUAGAUUUUUUUAUUCUGAUUACAACAAGCCCAAACACUAUAUGGUUACCUUGUACCGUUGCUGAGAUAUACACGUUUAAAGCAUUCAAUAUACAGGGUGUGUAAACAAAUAAAUAUAUUUAAAUACAAAUAUCUCGAGAACGGUGCAAGAUAACCACAUAGUGUUUGGUAUUUUUGAAAUCAGCGUGAAAAUCUCCAUGCGAUUUCAAAAAAAUUACAGAGGUCCCAAAAAGUGUGCAUAAUUAAUUCUAUUUUCCAGUAAAAGUUGAUAAAAUUUAAUGCCCACGCAUAAGAGAUAUUGAUUCAAAAGGGGUUAAAAAAAAUUCCGUUUCCUCCCCACUCAAUCGAUAACAAUACUAAAUAAUUAACGGCAUGUCAGGAAUGUUUGUAUGGAAAAUAGAUAUGGAAACGCGGUUUAAACUUUUAUUAUUACGUCGGGCACAUCAUCGUUGUUGUCAGUCGAGUGUUGUCAGUUGUCACUCGCUCACGUGUCUCGUAUCGAUAAAGCGUUAAACAUGAAAGAGGGUGUUAGUACAGGUUUGAACUUUAAAAAGUCAAACAUCAGGAUCUGGAUCCACCAAAGGAAUUUGGCGAAUCUUCAGCAAGUGGUGUGGGAGGGCCACGGCCCCAAACUCCUGGUCGAGCACAGUAACAAUCCGAAGAUUAGGAAGUUUUUGGACGCGGUACCUUGCAUUAUGGGUCUAAUUAAAGACGUCCAUUGCGACGUCCAAAACGACGACCUGGAAAAUUUAAAAAAUCGCGUCUCUUCCCCCGUACCGAUCGCCGUGUUGACCGCCAAAGAUUCCAACGGACUCACGCCCCUGCAUAAAGCUGUCGGCUUAGGUAGAGAAGACAUCGCAAAAUUCAUAAUUGAAACCGUACCCAACAGCGUGACGGCUGUAGACAACGAACGACGCACCCCACUACACUAUUCGGCUUUACUAAAGGACGACAAUAAAAUGUUUAAUUAUUUAAUCGAACAUGGGGCCGACGAAUCCGCUUUAGAUCACAGACAAAAAACCGCCGCCUACUACAAGAUGAGAACCUCCGAACUGGACCCGAAGUUGCUCCAAGUGGUGCCCGACUGUCCGAGGUGCUCCAAGGAACCGAACAAUUUCGAUUGGAGCAUGCUGACGUCAGCUGCGACGUCACUUCCUCUAAAUGGGGUCAAGAAAGCCGCGGAAAAGAUUCAAAAUGGGACGAAGGAGCUUGUGGACCCACCACAAGAACCAAUGAAAAAAGAAGAGGAGGAGGAGGAAGUGAAACAAAAUGGAACGUCACAUGAGGAAGACAAGGAUGAAAUGGAGAAAGCACCCACUGAAGAGGAUCCUGGAAAUAUUAUUGAAGGUGACGUAGACGAAGAGACUGAACCGGAGAAUACCGACUCUCCUGAAGACGCUCCUAAGGAAGAAACCGAGGAGCCAAAUAAUAAUAACGAAGAAGAAAUCAAUGAACCAGAGGAAGAGAAACACGAAGAAAAUGGAGAAGGAGAAGAGGAAGGAAAAGAGGAUGAGGAAGAAACACCUCCUGAGGCUACAAAAGUUGAAGAAGAGAGUCAUGAGGAUGAUAAAGAACCAAUUGAAAGGCCUCCAAGUGAAGCUGAUACUAUUGAAAAUAAAGCAGAAAACAAUGAGGAGAAUAAACGUGAGGAGGAGGAGGAGGAGGAAGAGAAGGAGGAAGAGGAGGAGACAAAAAUUGAAGAACAAAAGGAGGAUAAAAAAGACAAAGAACAUACCCAGACAGUCGAACCAGAGAUUGAAGGUGAAGCAGUAAUUGAAGGCGUGGUCGACGGACAACACGAGGUGGAAACGAUGAACAACGACGGUCAAAACCCCGACGACGUGACGGAUCCGGAAAGUGUCAAAUCGAUGAUUCGGUCGGGGAACAUGGAACAGUUGGCCGCGUUGGUGCUAAACGGCGACGGUGACAAACUGAUCGGCGAGAAAAGCGACAAUCCCGAGCUGCAGACCUUUUUAAAUAACGUGCCCGUUUAUAUGUCCAAAAUUCACAAGAUCCACGUGUCGGCUCGCGAGGGCAACUUACGCGACCUACAGGCCGCCUUGGAUCGGCGCAAAUUCGCGGUGGCACGUGACGUGGUUUCGCCCAACGGGGCGACGCCUUUACACGUGGCGAUCGUGUUCGUGCGCACCAGUAUAGUGCGCUACUUGGCCGGCAGGUUUCCGGAAACCGUUCAUAUGGAGGACGAUAAUGGACGUACGCCGUUGCAUUACGCGGCCGUUUUAAAGGAUAAUGGACACUAUUACAAUCUGUUGUUGCACCUGGGUGCUGAUAGUAGGGUGAAGGAUAAGUUCGGGCACACCCCAGAGUUUUACCUAAAAAAUCAAAGUGACUUCAAUCACAGGCAGAUUUUGACCGAGUUCCAUGCCGAGGAGAUGCUGGAUGACAUCCUAAACGACAAAGUGCCAAACGACACGGCAUCAGCGAGAAAAGACAUGGACAACGAGGACAUGUUGACGGUUUUAGAUCGUUGUUACGUAGUGUUACACGGUCGGAGAAAUUCCGAUUCGCUUAACUUACAUUCUGGAGUUAGUAGUGUUACAAGUCGGGCUAAUAUUGUUUCCAAACAGUUUAAACGUCACACGUUUGACCAAAUCAAGACUCGCCUAACGAAACUGGACCAUAACCUAUACGAUCUGAUUUGGCCGAGCGUAAAAAAAUUACCGACCGAGGCCGGAGUACGGUACUCCCUCGAGGAGGAUUUUCCUUUGGGCAUCGUCGCUCCCGAUUUCUAUUCUUACGCGGUUUUUCACGAGUUUUUAGACCCGAUUAUCAAGGAGUACAAUUACAUCGAUCACCUGGAAAAUUUCCCACAGCCAGUGCAAAACUGCUGGCUAAAAGAGGAUGAAGUGGACGUGGACCUGGACCCUCCAGGAAAAUCCAUUCUAAUAGCCACUUUGGAGUGCACCCGUAACAUCCAGGAAUUCGAACUGCCUAAAUCGUUAUCGCUGCAGGCACUGGAAACCGUUGAGCGUCUAGUGACCAACAUCUUGUUGAGCAUCGGUACUGCCAAAGCGCUCUACCCUAACGCCUCAGAAGACGAGAUUAAGGAAAACGGUUGCGGACUGUACUACACCAUGAACGAGGUGCUCGAAGAACCUUCUGAGGCCCGAAUCAUUUUGGCCAGCAACAAUUUGCUGAUCCCUCUGUGGAACCUUCCGGAGUCGGACCGAUUGCAUGGAAAACAUUGGCCCUAUGGUCGAGGAGUAUUUAUCAAUAACAACUAUACUUUAGCGGUGUACGUGAACGUUCUGGACCACAUAAGGGUUGUGACAAGUACCUCGCACAGCAGCCCCGGUACAAUAGGGCUAAUAUACUCACGCAUGUCUCGCAUAAUGACAGUGUUCCAAGAAGAGUUGUCUUUCGUGACGGAUAGUCGAUUGGGUCAUUUGACCGCUAGACCGACGGUUUUGGGGUGCGGCCUAAAGUUCGAGCUGACCAUGCGCUGUCCGUAUUUGCUUAAAGAAUCGGAAAAUUUACGUCAACUGUGUACCGUACGGGGGUUGACUUAUAAGAGGAGCUCUGGCACCAGUGAGGUCUUUAAGGUGUCAAAUUACGUAACGGUCGGAGUGAGCGAGUUACAGUGUUUCCAGGAUUUAGUCACGGCCGUCUCGAACAUUCUACAGUUGGAGAAGGACAUGUCCAUGACCAAUUCCUUACACAUCGCCGCCCUGUUUCUGAGCAUUUUCAAGAAGAAGAAGAGCGCAGCCGCAGUACAUAACCAAUAAUUUCCCUAUACAAAUCACCUUUGUGCCUUAAUCAAAUAUAUGCCCAUUUUAUUUUAAGCAUUAAUCGUUUGUUGUCAUUUCGCUUAUUUUCUUAAUGUACAGUGCCAAAGAAGAAAGAAACUAAAUUUUUUUUGUAAAUAUCACACACACGCUGUUCGGGACGGGA